GAAGAACCAGAUGACUUUCACAGGAUCCAUUCAGUUCAAACCAGAAAUCCUACUAUUUUGAAUAGAAAAGCUGUUAGGCUAAUAGCGCAGGAGGUUUAUACGGUUUAUUCCUUCCUCCCUCAGACCUGUGCGUGUCUGCAGAGGUGAAGGGAAGGACGAACUGAGUAGCUUGCUGAAAAACGUUUAAUUCAAGGGACAAGGAAGUUUAAGGAAGAGGAAGAGACAUUACGAGAGUUAAGGACAGUGGCUACGUCUACCUCAGCCGGAUGGUUCUUAGAAAUGGAGACUCUGAGGCCUAACCCCAGGUCUAAGAAAACAGAUUCUGCAUUUUAACGUCCCCAGACGAUUUGCAUGCACCGGUCUGCAUCCCUAGUUCUCAGUGAAACCUAAGAAUCAUCUGGAGAGUUUGUUAAUAACUAGACACCUGGGUCCUAUCCCUCAGAGAUUCUGAUUUACCGGGCUCUCGGUGGAGCUAUAUUUUUAACAAGCACUUCAAGUUGUCCCGAAAUAACUGCUCCAAGGUCUACGGUCUGAGAAGUACGGACCCGGAAGGCCUCUGCAAGGAGGUUCUCAUUCAUCAAUUCACCCAUUCAUCCAGCCAGGACAAGGGCCUUCCUAGGCUAUUCUACCUAAAGCGGCCCCCGUUAAACCGCACUCCUGCUUUUCCUUUAUAACACCCCCCCCCAGCUGCAAGUUCUCCGUACGCUUACCGUCUGUCUCCCCACCCACCAGAACGUGAACUCCAACACAGCAGAGACCUUCUGUGCUUUUCUUACCCAGGUGAUCUCGGAGGACAAAAUCCAAUCUGAAGCCCACCCACCCCUCCCGCGCGUGUCAACACCACUCAACAAACCCCUUGUACCUCUAGCUGUAAUAAGUAACAAGCAGUAUCCUACAGGGCGCCUCGGUGCCCAGGAGCGGAUGCAAAGGCGCUGAGCGGGCACAGGACAGCGCCAAGGACACUCAGGGACGGAGGUAUGGACAGGGGACUUGACGCUCCGCCACUCCGACCAGCCGCCCCUUGUCCCCGCCGCCCUCGUCAGCCACUGAGAUAUCCCCCACGGUCUACCCACCCGUCGGCUCCCACCUGCGACCCAAGGACCCAAGUCUUCUAAGAGCUCAGCCGUUAGAAUUCAAAGGUUCUUCUUUUUAAAUAGGAGUUAAACCCUCUAGCCAGAAAACCGAUUGGCCUGCGCUCGAGCGAGACUGCCUUGUGAUUGGUUGACAACAAACCCGACGCCUUGAGUCGUGUUUAAGGGCGCACACCGCGCGCAGGCGCACUUGCUCCCUAAGACCCAGGAAGUGGUGGAGCCAACGGCCAGCCAGACCCGUGGCAGUCCCAGCCCCAGGGUGCUCUCCGGGGUCGGCCAUUUAUUGGUGAGGCAACAGCCCCUUGACGUCAGGGUUGUCGCAUUGGAGAUAAAGUCCGAGGAGGUGAACUAACCUUUCAACGUGCCACUGGCAGGGAAACUGUCUUCCUUUUCUCCAAGAUGUACAGAACCAAAGUGGGCUUGAAGGACCGCCAGCAGCUCUACAAGCUGAUCAUUAGCCAGCUGCUGUAUGACGGCUACAUCAGCAUCGCCAAUGGCCUCAUCAAUGAAAUCAAGCCUCAGUCUGUCUGUGCACCCUCGGAGCAGCUCCUGCAUCUCAUCAAACUAGGAAUGGAAAAUGAUGACACCGCAGUUCAGUAUGCAAUUGGUCGUUCAGAUACUGUUGCCCCUGGCACAGGGAUUGACCUGGAAUUUGAUGCAGAUGUUCAGACUAUGUCCCCAGAGGCUUCUGAGUACGAAACAUGCUAUGUCACAUCACAUAAAGGACCAUGCCGUGUAGCUACCUAUAGUAGAGAUGGACAGUUAAUAGCUACUGGGUCUGCUGAUGCUUCGAUAAAGAUACUUGACACAGAGAGGAUGUUGGCCAAAAGUGCCAUGCCAAUAGAGGUCAUGAUGAAUGAGACCGCACAACAAAAUAUGGAAAACCACCCAGUGAUUCGAACUCUUUACGACCAUGUGGAUGAAGUCACGUGCCUCGCUUUCCACCCAACAGAACAGAUCCUGGCUUCUGGUUCCAGGGAUUAUACUCUUAAAUUAUUUGAUUAUUCCAAACCAUCAGCAAAAAGAGCCUUCAAAUACAUUCAGGAAGCUGAAAUGUUACGUUCCAUCUCUUUUCAUCCUUCUGGAGACUUUAUACUUGUCGGAACUCAGCAUCCUACUCUUCGCCUUUAUGAUAUCAACACCUUUCAAUGUUUUGUCUCUUGCAAUCCUCAAGAUCAACACACCGAUGCUAUAUGUUCCGUUAAUUACAAUUCUAGUGCCAAUAUGUACGUAACUGGAAGCAAGGACGGCUGCAUCAAAUUAUGGGAUGGUGUUUCAAAUCGAUGCAUCACGACUUUUGAGAAAGCACAUGACGGUGCUGAAGUUUGUUCUGCCAUUUUUUCCAAAAAUUCUAAAUACAUUCUCUCAAGUGGAAAAGACUCUGUAGCUAAACUUUGGGAAAUAUCAACAGGACGAACACUGGUCAGAUACACGGGUGCGGGUUUAAGUGGACGCCAGGUGCACCGGACACAGGCUGUGUUUAACCACACCGAGGACUAUGUGUUGCUGCCCGACGAGAGGACGAUCAGUCUUUGCUGCUGGGACUCGAGGACAGCCGAGCGGAGAAACCUGCUGUCAUUGGGGCACAACAACAUUGUACGCUGCAUAGUGCACUCCCCCACCAACCCCGGGUUCAUGACAUGCAGUGAUGACUUCAGAGCUCGGUUUUGGUACCGGAGAUCAACCACCGACUGAGCCACCCUCUCCAUAGGGUUCUUUCUCGAGGACUCUGCCCUCCUCCCCCACGUCCCAUCUCAGCUGCAGUCGUAAGUCCGUGCACCAUCCUUGGCAGUUUUGCUGCCACCUCUGUCCACAUCCUUCUUGGAUUUGUAUAAAAGAAUCUUUUUUUACCUUGAUGUAGAAUCAUGGUGGAAAAAGUUGGAAACACAGAUCUGUGCAGUUCUUACAUUCACUGAUUAUUACAGUGUGAUUUUCAUCGGUUUUGUAAAUACGGGACUUGCCGUUUCUUUUGAUCUCUUGAUUGAAGGAGGAUAGGGUAUUAAAGUGCUUUUGACAUGAGGAAUUUUCAUUUGGUUCUUUUGUCAACUUUCUUGCUUAUUCUGCUAAACCCUCUGUGUAUUUCCUUUCCAGAUAUAUUUGAACAGAUAAGUAGGCAUGCAGCUCUGAGACUCCAGAGUUUUAUGCCAUAUCAAAAACAUUUUCGAGAAUCCCUCAAUUCUAUCCUGAAAUGAUGUUAUUCUGAUAAUAAAGCUCAGAUCUGCAA